GCGGGUCCAAAGUCCGAGCGGGCGCGGCGGCGAUGCGCGGUGUGUGCGAGGGGGGGAACCGCACGGCAGGGCGAUGUCCGUCGUUCAUCUUCAUCAUCAUCUUCAUCUCCGUCACCAUCUUCGUUGUGCUCCUCUUCGUGUGCCGACUGUUCUGCUGCAACCGCGCCGCCCCCCCGCUCAGCCGUGAGCCCCCCGGCCCCGCGCCCCCCCCGUUGCACCCAAUGCCCGCCCUGCCCAGCCUGCCCGGGGGGGGCGGGAUGUUCGGCUUGGAGCCCCCGCCCUAUAGCGAGGUGGCAGCGCAGCCCUCGCUGUUCCCGCAGCGCGACCGCAGCGUCCCGGCGUCGCCUCCCCCCGGCAGCCCGACCCACUUCUAUGGGGGUUUGCAGCCCCCCCCGGGCACAGCGGAUCUGUGCGGCGCUCUGCGGUCCCCCCCCGCCCCGGCGGCGGCACUGAGCUCCGCCUCGCUCCCUUCGUGCCCCCCGCGCUCCGUCUGAGCCCCACCGACCGCCCCCCCCCCCCCCCCGGCGCUGCUCCGAUGGAGCUCCGUGCGGGGAUCUCAAUUUAUUGUGGCAAUAGAACAGAAAGAGCCCGCACUGCGCUGCUGAGCCGGGGGGAACCGUAGGGGUGGGGGCACAGCUGUGCAUCAGCCCCCGUCCCAUCCCAUCCUACAUCCUGUAUCCUGUAUCCUAUAUCCUAUAUCCUAUAUCCUACAUCCUAUAUCCUAUAUCCUAUAUCCUAUAUCCCAUAUCCUAUAUCCUAUAUCCUAUAUCCUACAUCCUAUAUCCUAUAUCCUAUAUCCUAUAUCCUAUAUCCUAUAUUCUAUAUCUGAUCCCAUCACAUCCCAUCCUAUCCUAUCCUGUCCCACCCUCUCCCAUCCUAUAUCCUAUUGCAUCCUACUCCAUCCUAUUCCACACCAUUGUAUUCUGUAUCCUACUGUAUCCCAUCCCAACCCAUCCCCUCCCAUCCCACCCUAUCCUAUCAUAUUCCAUCCCAUCCAAUCAUAUCCCAUCCCAUCCCAUCCCAUCCCAUCCCAUCCCAUCCCAUCUCAUCCCAUCCCCAUCCUUUCCCUGUUCCUAUUUCAUCCCAUCCCAUCCCAUCCCAUCCCAUCACACCCCCAUCCCAUCCCAUCCCAUCCCAUCCCAUCCCAUCCCAUCCCAUCCCAUCCCAUCCCAUCCCAUCCCAUCCCACCCCAUCCCAUCCCAUCCCAUUCCAUCCCAUCCCAUCCCAUCCCAUCCCAUCCCAUCCCAUCCCAUCCCAUCCCACCCCAUCCCAUCCCAUCCCAUUCCAUCCCAUCCCAUCCCAUCCCAU